AUGGAAAAUGUGGCUAGAAAUGUAUACCUACACAUAUUAUCUCGUGGAGGGUAUCGCUUGCUUGAGGAAAAAGUGAAAAGUGAAAGGAAUUCAUCGAGAGAUGAUUCCACAAUAGAUGAUAAUGGUAGUACAUCUCCACCGUCACGCCAUGAAAUAUGGAAGAGAGCACGACAAAAGAAAGAGGGAGAAUACACAUCACAUUCUACACAAGUUGCUGAGAAAAUUGAUUCUCUAGUUGAGGAAGCUGAAAAGGGUGUCUUUGUUCCGGGUGGACCUAACGAUAUCUUAACAGUAGCCAUUGGAACAUCUGAGCAUGGCGGUCGUGGUGUUGGAAAACACCAUAAAAUUAGCACUUUUUUGGAAGGCCGUCUCCACGUCGACGACAACAUAUGA